UCUCUCGCCGCUGUUGUACUCCCGUCGUGCUCUGCGUUUCCUCUCGGUACGUCACCAUUCAACAUCAUCAUCAACAUCAUCAUCAUCAACAUCAUCAUCAACAUCAUCAACAACAUCAUCAUCAUCAACAUUAUCAUCAUCAUCAACAUUAUCAACAUCACCAUCAUCACCAACAUCAUCAUCAACAUUAUCAACAUCAUCACCAUCAAUAUCAUCAUCAACAACAUCAUCAUCACCCCUCACCACCAUCGCUGUCGCCACCAUCAUCAACAUCAUCAUCACCCCUCACCACCAUCGCUGUCGCCACCAUCAUCAUCAUCAACAUCACCAUCAUCAUCAACAUCACCAUCAUCAACAUCACCAACAUCAACAUCACUAACAUCAUCAUCACCCCUCACCACCAUUGCUGUCGCCACCAUCAUCAACAUCAUCACCAUCAUCAACAUCACCAUCAUCAACAUCACCAACAUCAACAUCACUAACAUCAUCAUCACCCCUCACCACCAUUGCUGUCGCCACCAUCAUCAACAUCAUCACCAUCAUCAACAUCAUCAACAUCACCAUCAUCAACAUCACCAACAUCACCAUCAUCAACAUCAUCAUCACCCCUCACCACCAUCGCUGUCGCCAUCAUCACCAUCGGCCGUGCUGACGCGUUGCAAUUUGAGCCAUCGUCAGCAGCCGUGCUCAGUCCACUGCUGGACGAAGGCCUCAGCUCAGCCUGCGCUCACGAUCCUGCCCUGUCGUUGGGAAGGAAGAGAAAGACUCUGGGCGAAUGAACGAUGGAGGCCCUAGCCCUGGCGGGGCUAGCAGGGAGCGGACUUGGCUUGAGCUCGCUCGCUCCGAGCCUCAGCGCCCAGCGUGUACUCGCGCCCAUCUCCGCCCAGCUCGUCCACCUCGCUCUGCUGUGCGACUCGGCCCUCCACCACGAACAACAUCAUCAUCAUCAUCGCCACCAUCAUCAUCCUCAUCCACGCCAAAGCCAUCAACACGAGCGGCAACAGUGUCAACGCUGCGAUGUCCUUCUCAACCUGGAGCCACAGGCACAAGCACUUGCGGAGGCAGCGGAGGCGCUGGCUGUCUCCAGCAGGAGGCUGUCGGCGGAGAGCGAGGACGAGACGACGCGGAGGGAGAUGCCGGCCGCCGCGGAGCGGUUGCUGGUGGCCGGGCGCUCCGUGCUCCUUGCCGCCCUUGACCUGCGGGUGGAGCGGCGGCGCCGGCGCCGCGUCGCCGUCGGCCGUCUGCUCUCGUCGGCCACGGCGCUCGUGGCAGCCAUGCUCGAGGUGCUGACGAUCUCGGACGACACUGAGGUGCGCAGGGUGGAGCGAGCCGCCGAGUGGCUGCACGAGCGAGCGUCGGCCCUGGGCUCGGUGCAGUCGGCCGCCGAGUUUGCGACGGAGGCGCGCGGCUUCUCCGAGUCGCUGCUGCUGCUCAUGGCGCUCGGCGAAUCCCGGGCGGCCGAGAUGCAGGCCGGGGGGCGCCGGCGCCGCCGCCUCGACCGCGCCCUCCAAACGACCCGCCGUUGCGUGCCGCUCAUCCACACGGCCGUGCGCACCAGCCUCGAGUGCCCGGGCAGCGAGCGGGCGGCCGCGGGCAGGGACCGCGCCGUGCGCAGGUUUUCCCGUGCCGUCUCCGGCGUCGCGGCCGCGGCCCGGAAAGGACGGCGGCGGAGGAGCGAGGGCGGUGACGGAGAGGUCGUCCACGCGGACGAGGGGUCGCCCCGCGACGCGACAGGGACCUUCGCCGACAACGUCAUUCGUCUCGUCGCCACGCUGCGUCGGAUGAACCCCGGCACGAAGCAGGAGGAGGAGCAGGAGAACGCCAGCGAGCAAACGGUAACGCUGGACUGUCUGGUGGAGGCCGUGGCGGCCCACGCCGUGACAGUGAUGGGCGAGACCGAGCACGAGGGGACGCGCAGGAGGCUUUCCGAGACAUGCCAGCGGCUCCUGCAGUGCCGCAGCCGCCUCGCAGCUCGGCUACGAACUCCGGAAACCGACGCAGAAUCGGCACGGGCGGCAGCUGCGAGCGGGAGCUUCUCACAUGAGCGCGAGCAGAUGCUGCGGGAGGCGGCGGCACUGCAGCGCAUCCUGACGCUCGCCGUCACGACGCGCGUGGCGGACGCUUUCGCCGAGACCACCGAGCCGCUGGAGCGGCUGCUGAGGGCGUGGGACGAUCGCGACGGGGGGGACGAGGGCGGCCGCGACGACGGCGCUCUCGGCCCGCUCGCCGACGCCUUCCUUGCCCACGCCGACGGCAUGGUGCGCGGCGCUGUUCUCGCGCACGCGUCCUGCAGCGACGCCCGGCGUGCGCUCGCCCUGCGUAACCGCGCGGCGCUCGCUCGCAGGCUGGCGUCAGCGGCGCGCAGAGAGCUCACGGCCGUCGGCGUCCGGGCGCUGGCGCAGAGCGGACUCCGCCAGGAGUGGCACCGGGAGGUGGACGCCCUCCUCGCCAGCCUUUGCCGCGCCGUGGACGUGCGUGGCCUGGCCGACGCCGUGAACGCUUCGCUUGGCCGCUUCGCUCACCGCUUCCAGGACGCCGUCCGGGGAGGCGGUGGGAGUCGGGACGUCGCCGAGACGGCACGCGCCACGGCCGGGCGAGCCAAGCUCAUGGCUCGUGCCGCCAGGUACUUUGUGAGCAACCACGAUGAUCCGCUCUUUCGCAACGGACUCCUGGCUCUGGUCGGUCCGCUGGAGAGCUGCACAACGCUGUUCGCUUUUGAGGUCAACCGACACCUCCGAGCCACUGAGAGUGGGGAUGGCAGAGAACGUGGGGAGGGUGGUGAUGGAGACCUUUCAUGCUCGAAUGAGAGCCUUGUAGUGGUGGUGGCCGCCUUGCUUGAGAGGUCCCAGCAGCUGGUCGGCCACGCUAGCCGGGUGCGGGAGGGCCUGUCCGGGUCCGCUUGCCAUCCAGAUCUGCUCAGCCCGCUCCGGGAGAACCUGCGGAACGAGGGACUGGAUGAGCUCACCGAGAUCCCGGAUGUGGUGGACGUUGCCAGCAGGAGGGCGGCGAUGAUGACCCGUGAGCAUUCGACUGCCGCCCAGCACGUCUGUGAUCGUCGUGAUCCGGAACAGGAUAAGCGUGCGUGCUGCGGUGUGGCUAUUGCCGCUGGUGGCCAUGAGGAUGACUGCCAAGCAACUCGAAGCCGAUUGGACGACCUCUCCUUGCUGCCAGCAUUUUCGGCAGUUGUUCGUGCAGCCGGAUUGGCCCACUCGGACGAAGCCAUUAGAGGCUCGGAGAGGCGUGUGCGUACGCUGGUGGACAGCUACGGAGAGGCGGUCGCAAAGGCCAAGCUCGGCGACCCCCGAUGUGGCGAGGACUCCACUUGGAGCGACAUCGACGGCCGAAUCUCCGGGCUGCGAGAGAUGACAUCGAGGCUGCUGGAGGAGGCAGGCCGGAUCCGGGACGGCGGGCAAGGCGACGCGUACAGCGCCGCGUCGAUGGCGCUCGCCUUGCGGUGCAGCGACGGCAUCCGCGAGCUGCAGGAGCUGCUGUCGCGCCGCCUGCAGCCGUGGCUGCGCCUGGCGCGGGAGGCGUCGGACGCGGCGGUGACCACGGACGAGCCGAGCCCGAUCGCGGCCGUCCGAGAGGUCGCGGCCUCCCUCGCCGCUUCUGCCGCGCUCAUGCAGAAGGGUGGCAGCGACCGGCCGAGCGGCCUGAGAGCGGCGAAGGAGAGGCGCGCGGGAUGGGUGGAGCAGGCGGCUCUCGCGAGCCCAGAGCCACGCCUGGAGCAAGCGCUGCUCGCCGUCGAAGAAGCCACCAGGGGCCUCGUCGGGCGCGGCAGCGGCGACGGAGCGGAGCGCGGCUCGGGCGACGCCGAUGAGCGGUGCGAGGCUGCGGUUGGGAAGUGCCUGGCGUGGGCCGCGUGCGUGACCUCGGCGCUCGGCGCGCUGCGGCGUCGCACCUGCGUUGGCGGCGGUGUCGCCGCAGGGCUGACGGGUGGCGUCGUGAGGGCCGUGCGGGAGGGAGACCGCCCGGCGCUGGGUGUGGAGACGCGGGCGCUCCUGGAGACGUGCGAGCGCUUGAAGGAAACCGCGGGAUUGGCAGCGCGUGCCCAGACGACGGCACGAAGCAACGGCGGUCACGGCAACGGCGACAACAGCAGCGGCGAUCGUGACCGCGGCCUAGCAUCACUCACGCUCGACGAGGUGGCACUCAUGAGCGGCGCGGGUGACUCGGCGUGCGAGCUGGCUCGGGAGUUGGCGGAGUCGGCGGGGCUCUUGCUCGCCCGCGCCGCUUCGCCCGGAGGGUGGGCAAUGGCUCGGCUCGCGGCACGCGUCGAGCUGCUGAGCACCGAGGUGGAGGCCAGGGCCCACAUCCUAUCCGCUCUCAUCGACCGGGCGACGGCAUCGUCCGCAAGGGCCCUCCUGGUGACACUCGGACUCGAGGAGGAGGAGGAGGAGAAUGAGGGGAAGGACGAGAAGUCGGGGAAGGAGGUUGCUGAAGUCGUGAGUCGCACCUGCCUGGAGGAGCAACUCUCAGAAGUGGAGGCGGCCGUGAGAGCGGCGCUGACCCAGCGGCCGAGCAACGAUCACCUCGGGGCGGCGGUGGAGUCCGCUUGCCGCAGCCUGCGGUGGUCAGCCGCGCAGAUCGACCUCGCGCUUGCAUCGCGGCGCCAGCCCGAGGUCGGGUUCUCGGCGGACGCGGCCGCCCGGGCGCAGCGUGGCGGCGAGCUGCGGGACGAGCGCUGGUGCGAGCGGCGGGACGAGCUGCAGCUGGCGGCGUGGGCGUGGGGCGCGGCGAGCGGGAGCAUCGCCGCCGAUCUCUCCGCGCAUCUCGGCCCCGAAUCCCCCACCGUCCGGGAUGUUGUUCGUCGCCUGCGGCUGGAGCCUGUGCAGGAGAACGCGUCGGCACGGGAGAAGGUAGACGAUGAGGAAGAGGAGAAGGAGGAGGAGAUCCGACCCGGGGUUCCACCCAUGUCCUCGCCAGGCGCGGCGAAGGAGGCGAAGCGGGCGGGGAGUAGCGUGCCCGAGUCACCGGCCGCGGCCGCGAGGAGGGCGUUCUUUGCCGAGAUGCGGCAGGCGGGGAGAGCCGGGCGCGCGGCGCAGGAGUCGGAACCCGCGGCCGUCGAUCGUCCCCGCGUCCCAGAGGCGCCGCCUCUCCCCGCUGAGAAAGCGGCGUCCGUCUGUGGCGGAGGUGCAGCACCGUCACCCAGCACGCACGCCAGACGCAUCGAGCCCCGGCCGUGCCCGCUCGCCCCGUGGGACAGCAGAGCUGUGCCUGAUGUGGCACGGGUGGCACAGGACAUGGCGUCCCGCGUGCAGGACAUGGCGCUGUUCCUGCGGCGCAGGGGCCCCAUCAAGAGCCGCGAGGGACUGAUUGCGUGCGCCCGCUCGCUGGCCGUGGAUGCCCGCACACUGGAGAGGUUCGGCGGCGCCCUGGCGGGACUCUGCGCCGAGGAGCGCUGCUCCCGCGAGCUGCUCUCCCACUCGCAGCGCGUCCUCGCCGCAGGCACUCAGAUCGCUAUCCUCGCCAGGGUCAAGGAGGCGGUCCCGCGGGACCGCGCCGCGGACGAGGCCCUCGUGCACAACGCGCGGACGCUCGCGGAGGAGGCAGCACGCGUGCUGCGGGCAGCCGAGGCUGCGAGUGUCACGGGCCUACGGGACGCUCCACCAGGAACUCCGGCGGCCGAGGCUACGGCGCUGGUGGCUCGCUGGCGGGAGAGACUACGGCAGCAUCGUCGCCUGCAGGCUUUGUCCGGGCCAGGCCACUUGGAUAGCAGCCUGGGUCUGCGCAGAGCCCCGGAGCCCGGCUCGGAGCCCAGCCUGGUUCGGGGCCUCCUGCCCACGUCACAUGCGACACUGCCCCAUCAGGCCUGGGCAGGUGUCAUCUGCAGAGACUGAAAUCAAACCGCAUGGGGCAGCGAAAAUGUGUUGUGUUUUGUCCGAAAUACCAGGCUAAUUCUGGUGGCGGUGAGGUUAAGUGGGUGUCGAUGCCCAUGCAAACCAAAUUUGGCCCAUUUACAUCUUGUAAUUUAAUAUUGCUUUUCUGUAAUACAAAAGAUAAAAGUAAAAUUUCGAAUGCACAAUCCAAGGCGACAUUUGCUGCAGAGUACAGUAUUACAUGAGGAGUGCCUGGUGAGUGAUGGUUCUGCAGAGCAACGACAGAGCCAGCAUCGCUGCUACACACGCUGUGCCGGUGUCGACUGUGUCAAGGCGUGAUCAAAAAAUACGUAGCACCCGGGGGGGGCUUCAUCAUCCAUCCGCGACACCGGUAUCCCUGCAGUGCAACAAGAACGCUUCCCACAUCACCUUUCGAGUCAUUCUAACAUGCAGAUCUGAAAAGGUCAAUUAUAUUUGUUCUAAAUGUAUUAUUCAUUCGUUUUAAUGUUACUUUUGUACUGUGUUGUGAAAAGUGAUAUAGGUGUAUAAUUUUUUGAUUAGGAGUAGAGUUGGAAUUAAUUCAGAACUGAAUGCAGAAUUUAGUUCUUGCAGAAGCUCCCAUUGAGAGACCAAUUUGUCUUCUUCGAGGUUUUCCCCAGGCCGGACCCCACAGCGAUGGAAUUGGCCGAGGUGGGAUUGAGAAUCUGAAAAAUUAAACGAAUGCAAAAACAGCAGCACUACCUGCCUUGAUUGAGCUCAACAUACCCCAAAGGCGUUACAAAAAUCAACACCAGGUAUUGCAGAUGCCCAUUGUAUAUGCAUUAAUUCCCCCCCCCCCCCUUCGCACGUGAAGGGCUCACAAGUAACGUCAUCACAUCUAUCCCUCUAUUUAAUUAACGAAACACGAGGCUUUCUCCACAAAUCUGGCUGUCUGCCUGAUGAUGCUAGUUGUAAUUUAUAGCGAAACUUUGUCAAGAUUGUAAAUGGUGUGGAUUUUCUCUCCAAC